ACUGUUUUUGUUAUACGUGUAAUUUUAAGUGUAUUUAUUUUUAAAACUACGUUUGUGAUAAUAAAUAGGAACGAUAAUGCUAAAUUCGAAAUGGAAAAUAAAAUGACUUUAAUGUGAUUUCCUCUCCAAGGUGACAGGACAGAUUUUUUUUUUUUUAGAAAUAUUUUUAACGCAUUUUUAAAGCAGCACGCAUAUGAUUGCUUUUAUUUUUACGUUCAAUAUGUAAUUUUAUCUUUAUUAAUUUAUUUUAAAAAACUAUAAUUGCAAUAAUAUAUAACAACAAUAAAAUUAUCAAUUAGCCAAUGAUUGCACGGCAUGCCCUGACUUUUGUAGUAGAUGCUAUUUUGUACCCCUUUGUGGUUUAUUUUCCUCUCCUGUACAGUGUUUAGUUUACGUCUGUGUCUGGAGACUGCAUUCACUAAUGAAUUGGGACGCGUUUAUCGUAGACCAAACACAGGAGCUCGACAGAGGGCUUUCCGUUCCGUCGUUUGUAGCGAACGUUUGGUUUAGCCGUGAUAAAAGCUGGUGUAUGACUUAUUAAUUAUUCAGACGAGAAGACAAUGGUUGUGACUGCGGCCUUUGAAAAGUAUCGUAUGGGGUUGCUAGUGAUGAUCUUCUACGCUGCGUUUAUGUGGAUGUGCUGCGUCCAAAUAAUGAGCCGUUUGUUGGUUUAAGUAGUCUGAUACUGACAGAACCGACUGUUAAUGCUGGGGUCCUCGGGUUAUUGUUCUGAAUAGAAUAGAAUGGAACAGAAUAGAAUAUUGUUAGAAAAAUAUUUUUACUGUUAGUAAAAAAAAAAAAGUGCAGUUCGCUGGAAAAAUACUACUAUUAGAAAAUUAUAUCUUGUUUUAUACUAAAAGGAUGCAUACUAUAAUAAUGGAAAAAAUACCAAUAAAUAAAUACUACAUAAGUGCAGUAAUAUUUUUGGUGUUCCAUUGCUUUUAGGCAGCAAAUGCGCUUCCGCAUACUAAAAAAUGCAGUCAAUCGAUUUUUAAUGGCUGAAAAAUCGAUAUAAAUAGCAGAAAAAAUAUUCUUAAAAGACUUAUAGGGCUUAUGGCGUGGGCUUAAGUGUUUUUAAGCAUAUAAUGCUAAUGCAUCAUUUGCUCGCAAAGUGAAUAAAAUGGGUUUGUUACCCGGUUUUAAGCCUUAAUCCGAAUUCAAAUUACACCUCAAACACGAACUGCAGAAAAAAAAGUGUAUUUUUAAGGAGGUGGUGGUAUUUGCCGAACGACAAGGAACCCCUCUCCACCCCAAAGCUAUCAGAGGUGCCCGACAUGAUUUGCGAGCGCUGUAUAUAGUUACGAGCGUAUCAGACGUCCUCACAAGUGUGCUUCGCCCGUGUGUCUGUGAGGAGAUUAUACAAAAUUGGCCCCGGCGCGCAUCGUUAAGCCUGUAGGAGGGCGUGCGCGCGCGCGCGCGUCCGUCGGGAGGGAGGCGCUCGCGCAGACGGAGACCGUGACCCGAGUCGAGCGCACGCGGCGCCUUCAUCUGCGCUACUCGCUUUAAAUGGGACUUCAGGAAUUAACAACGGAAAAACAAACAAACAACAACAGUUCCGUUCCGUUCGACGGACUGAGGAGAAAUGUUAUGUCUGUGAAGAAGCAACUGUCGGGGACCGCCGUUAAACAGGUUCAUCCCUUACUGUUCAGGUACAGUUACAGGAGGAGGAACCCCGGAUGCUUCAUCCCGGACUCACUCAUGGAUCUCACUCUAGACUUACCCUGCAGAUGUCCUCGCUGUGGCGAGGGCAUCUUCAAGAUGAACAGCAACUGGAAGACCACCAAGGUGCUAGGAUUGCUGAUGUUAGCCAACUUCUUCAUCUACAUCGUGGUGGAAGUGUCCCGAAGCUACGGGCAGGGCCGAGGCUCGUACGGUCGAGGGAAACUGACGCCCAAAAAGUUCUGGAAGAAGCCGGAGCUCAACCUGGCGUUCUGGAAUCGCGAGCAGCAGCGUCUCGAUGACAUCUACUACCUACCUCUGUCAAACAGCAGCGAGACCCCUCAUGACUUUCAGGGAGUCCCGCGUUGGCUGAAUCUCAGCAGUCCCUGCCAGCCGGACCGCAAGGUGAAGACAGAGAUCGAAGACUUUAAGUCCCUACCGCAGCGAUUCCAGGACUUCUUGCUGUACAUGGGAUGCAGGUCGUACCCCUUGAUAACGGAGGCACGCAACGUGUGUUCAGAACCGCCGUACCUCUUGCUCGCAGUGAAGUCCAUCGCGCCACAUUUCGACCGACGGCAGGCCAUCCGAGAAUCGUGGGGGCGCGCCGGGAUCCUCGGCGGCCGGCGCAUCGCCACGGUGUUCCUGCUCGGCAGCACGGCAGCGACGGACCACUUCCCGAACUUGUCGGACAUGGUGAAGUACGAAGCGGCGCUGUAUGGCGACGUCCUGCAGUGGGAUUAUCGAGACUCGUUCUUCAACCUCACCCUAAAGGAAGUGCUCUUUCUGGAUUGGUUUGGGACUCAUUGCGCUUCUGCUAAGUAUGUUUUCAAAGGCGACGAUGACGUUUUCGUUAAUACGCGACAUAUGCUGGCUUACCUGGGCAACUUUACGGUGUCCAAGACACAGGACCUUUUCGUUGGUGAUGUGAUCACCAAUGCUGGACCCCACCGGAGCAGGCACCUCAAGUAUUAUAUCCCCGAGAGCGUGUUUCAGGGAGUUUACCCACCAUACGCCGGUGGAGGAGGCUACCUGUAUUCUGGGAACCUGGGGCUGCGUUUAAGAACGAUCUCGCGUCUGGUCACGCUGUACCCGAUAGACGACGUCUACACUGGCAUGUGCCUGAAGAGACUGGGGCUAGUUCCGGAGAAACACGUGGGAUUUAAGACCUUUGACAUUGAGGAGAAGCACAGAGAGAAUCCCUGUGCUUACAAAAGUCUUAUUCUGGUCCAUCCCAGGAGCCCUCAGGACAUGAUAAAGAUUUGGUCUUGGGUUAAUGACCCAGAAGCGAAAUGUUACAUUGCAGCUACACCGCAGGUGAAGGGUGCAAUGCGACGCAACAAAAGCAAAUAGAGCCCAAUCACAGUGACACUGAUGGCCUUUUCUAUGACUGACAUACAGCUAACAAAAAUGUAUUCCAAGAACGUAUUGCUAUCGUUCCCGUUGAAGGGUUAGUUCACACAAAAAUUAAAAUUAGGCUGUGUUUUACUCACUUAUGAGUAUGUGACUUUCUUCUUUCAGACUAAUCCAAUCUGAGUUGUCCUGGCACUUCUAAGCUCUAACAUUGCAGUAGGCGGAUGUUUCCUUUUCACAGUCUAAAACUUGUUAAACAAAGUGCACAUAAAUUUAAUAAACCGUCCGUCAGACAGCUCCUGGGUUGAAUAAAGGCCUCCUGUAGCAAAUCCAUGCGUUUUGUAAGAUAAAUAGCCAUAUUUAAAUACAUUUUUUGUAGUUUGCACACACUUUAUUAAACAUGUUUUAGACUGUUAAAGGGAACCACCCGCCUACUGCCGGGACAGUUUUUAAUAUAACUAACUAAUUUGUUUGAAAGAAGAAAGUCACAUACACCUAGGAUGCUUCGAAGAUAAGUAACAUAAUUUUUCAUUUUUGGGUGAACUAACCCUUGAAGUUAUAAAACAUCAUUUAACUUGGAUAUUAGCCGUUGGGAAGUAGUUAAUUAGUAGGGAAAUAAUAAAGUGCAGUAAAUGGUAAAACUGUUUGCGCUAAAACCAGAGUGUUCAAAAUUAAGAUAAUACAUUAAAAUAAUACGGUAAGAAACACCGGUUUACAAUAUCAAGUUGCACAACAAGCUGUUUUGUACAACUGAAAAUAGCUGGAAGCGAAAUAUACAUUUCAUUUCGAACAUUCCGCUAAAUUUAAACAUCAAAGGAAUGUUACUUUUGAAUGUUCUUUGAACAUUCCAAAACCAGUUGUACGAUUUAAAAAACAUUCCAAGUACUUGCAGUUUAAACAUUCCAGUAAAAAAGUGCAAUUAAUGAAAUAUUGUUUCUGUGCUAAUAUUUGGAGAACAUUAUUAAAGGCCAGAUAACUUUGAACAAAUGUUCCAUGAAUGUUUCUAGAAGAACAUUUGAGAGAACCUUGCUAGAACUUUCUGAGAGCGUUAGCUGGGUUCACAUACUUGCGCACCUUCUUUUACUUCGACGCAGCAAAUCACGAUUGUUUACUCAAAAUGAGUCAUUCAUGGUGCGCUAUGAUGCAUGUUGAAGUUAUAAAUCGGGGUGCAUUUUCAUAACAGAAAGAGCGAGUCUGAUGUGUAUUUUAUGUUUAUUUUUAACUUAUGUUUGUAUUCCUGUGUGGAAAACUAUAGCUGAGCCGUUUGACUUCUCUCGCAUUAAACCUCUAUAUUCUCAGGUA